CCUCGUUGUCCAGCUAGACUCAAUAGAUAGCAAUUAAUUGGUAUAUACACCAUGGAGCCUGGACCGACGAGUGAUGAGGUCCUAUAUGACCAGCCUCGACACCGUUCACAUGUUAUAUCCUUGACAGAGAGAGGCCCGGAUAUUGUUAUGGUUGAUCAUAGCCUCAGCCAUAGCCGUUGGCAUCUAGAGGAUGAGCGCAUAAUAGCAGCUGUAGGACGGGCCGGCUUCUUGACAUGUUCAAAGCUUCGUUGGAUGAGGCUCGAUUGGCCCCUACUCACCGCUUUGAUAGAUAGGUGGAGGCCGGAGACCAACACUUUCCACUUCCGAAUGGGAGAGUCUACUAUUACGCUACAGGAUGUAGCUAUGAUACUUGGUCUCCGCAUAGAUGGUCCGUGCGUUACCGGCAGUGAUAGACAUUUUUGGCCGGACAAGUGUGAGGAGUUGUUAGGUGUAGCUCCAGAGUCAAUGCCUGGAGGAAAUAUUAAGUUGAAGUGGCUAAAAAAUACCUUCUCGGUGCCGUUGCCUUUUGAUGCGCCGCCAAUAUUGAUUAAGCAACAUGCACGUGCAUACAUUAUGCACAUGAUCGGUUCAAUAUUAUUUCCAGAUUCGAGUAAAGAUAAAGUGCAUGCCAGGUGGUUACCACUUAUCGGGGACUUGGACACAUGUGGUGCGUUAUCGUGGGGUAGUGCGGUUUUGGCGUACCUAUAUAGAGAGAUGUCUAAGGUUGCAUUCAUGAAAAAUAGUGACCUCAAAGGGUGUCUCAGCUUACACCCCAUUUCUCGAUCAUCUACGCCCGAUAUGCACAGAAUACCCAGUUAUAUGGAGAGCCAGAGUUCCUCUAAUAUGUUUCGAGAUAGUAGAAUAAUUAUGGAAUGUCCAAAAAUGUUUUGA